AUGACUUCGGACUGCUCCCCUACGUGCUGCUCCUCUGAAUCCUGUGCCACAGCUUCCGACUGUGUGUUCGCUUCACCCUGUUCCAUGGAAACCACUCACCUCCCCAGCGCCCAAGCCACCUCCAGAGGCCAGACCCCUAGCUUCCUAUCUGGGUCUCGCUUGGCAACAGGCUGUGUCACACCGUGCUACUUGGCUGGGAAUUGUCACAUUCCGUGCUUGGUGGGGAGCGGUGCUUGGUGUGAGGAUGGGAUGUUCAACAGCAACGAGAAGGAGACGAUGCAGUUCCUGAACGACAGACUCGCCAACUACCUGGAGAAGGUGCGAGGCCUGGAGGAGAUGAACGCGGAGCUGGAGUGCAGGAUCCGAGAACAGUGUGAAGGGGAGGUCCCCCUGGUGUGCCCCGAUUAUCAGUGUUACUUCGACACCAUUGAAGAUCUCCAGCAAAAGAUCUUGUGCACAAAGGCAGAGAAUUCUAGACUUGCUGUUCAGCUUGACAACUGCAAACUGGCUGCCGAUGACUUCAGGUCAAAGUACGAGUCUGAACUGUCUCUUCGCCAGCUGCUGGAGACGGACAUUGGCGGCCUGCGUGGGAUCCUGGGUGAGUUGACUCUGUGCAAAGCCGAUCUGGAGGCCCACGUGGAGUCUCUGAAGGACGAUCUCCUUUGCCUUAAGAAAAACCACGAAGAGGAGGUCAACUUGCUUCGCGGACAGCUGGGUGACCGACUCAGCGUGGAGCUGGACACUGCCCCCACCGUCGACCUCAACAGGGUCCUGGAUGAGAUGCGCUGUCAGUAUGAAAUGGUGCUCGCCAACAACCGCAGAGACGUGGAAGAAUGGUUCGCUGUUCAGACAGAGGAGCUGAAUCAGCAGCAGCUGUGCAGCACGGAGCAGCUGCAGGACUGCCAGACAGAGAUCCUGGAACUGAAACGCACAGCCAACGCUCUGGAAAUUGAGCUCCAAGCACAGCAAAGCCUGACAGAAUCUCUGGAAUGCACUGUGGCAGAGACUGAGGCCCAGUACGGUGCACAGCUGGCCCAGAUGCAGUGCCUGAUCGAUAACGUGGAGAACCAGCUGGCGGAGAUCCGCUGUGACCUGGAGCGGCAGAACCAGGAGUACGAGGUGCUGCUGGACACAAAGGCCCGGCUGGAGUGUGAGAUCAACACGUACCGGGGUCUCCUUGAGAGUGAGGACAGCAGGCUUCCCUGUCACCCAUGUUCUACCACAAGCACGUCAGACAACACUUGUGAGCCAUACUCCGCGUAUGUGAUUUGCACGCUGGAAAACUGCUGUGUGUGA